UUAUCCAAUUCAGCCAUCAUGGCCGUUUUUAUCCUUAAUGGUUUUGUUCUCAUCUUGAUCAUGAGUCUGACGUCAUCUUACGUCAUCGACGACCUCUACCCGGACGAAACUGAAACUCUAGAAGACAUGAAAAGCGAACUUUUAGAGUUAAAUGAAAUGAACUAUAUGGAUCCCAACAUGGACAUUGGUAACAAUCUGGACAUGAGACAGGUUGAGGACAUUGUUGUCCAAAAGGUUGCACCUGAGAUCAAAGCUGCAUUCGAAGCUCAGAACUACUCGUGUUGGAUGGAAGCCCUAAAGAAGGUACCUUACAGACUAAUAUUGGAAAAAAAGAAAGACCAGCAACACGCUCUACGAAAAUUCUUCCAGGCAUUGCAACAUGGAAAAAAAUCAACGGUAGACGCUCUAACGUGGUUGAAGGCCAAACAGAGCGAAGCUUGCAGCGCUUGCGCGCUGGCGAAACUCUGUAAGGAUCCGGUGAUUUGGAAUCGUUUGGCCUUACCUGCGUCUUUGACAAGUAAAAGGAAAGUCAAGCAAUGCAAAUUAAAGAUACUGUCCUUGGCGCACGCGUUCAACUACACAGAAGGAGAGAGAAUAAGGUGUGACAAGAAUUCCCGGUUCAGGGAAAUCAAUGGAACCUGCAAUAACCUGGAUAAUCCCCGUUUUGGAUCAAUCCGUACUCCAUUCAGACGUCUGGUGCCACCUGCAUAUGGAGAUGGGAUUUCGACACUUCGCAGAGCUCUCAGUGGAGACGAAUUGCCAAACGCAAGGAACGUUAGUCGUUUUGUUCACGGCAGUAAUGCAGCCCGCACAAAUCCUGAUUCCCCAAGACUGACUCACCUGACUAUGAGCUGGGGGCAGUUCAUGGAUCACGAUUUUACCCUAGCAGAGACACAAAGCAUAAACUGUGAGUCGAGCAACUCAAACAUAGAAUGCAUCAACAUUGAAGUUCCCUCUGAUGAUGCUACCUUCCGAGACAGAGGCGUUACCUUCUUUCAGCUGGAAAGAGAUGCACCUCAUAUGCCGAACACCAUGUGCAAACUGACUCCGCGAGAGCACCGCAACACGCUAACAGCGUACAUCGAUGCAUCUAACGUGUACGGUUCGACUGAGGAGGAGGAAAAUAACUUACGAGCCUCGAAUGGCUUACUGAGGAUUCUGGAACCCCGUCACGGUUGCCCUAUGAAGAGUUUGUUGCCUGCACAGCUGCCUGAUCAGUUUUGUGUUUCGAAAGAUCCAAAUAGACCUUGCUUUGUAGCGGGAGACGAGCGCGUUAACGAAAACCCAGCUCUCAUUUCCGUUCAUACCAUCAUUACUAGGGAGCACAAUCGAAUCGCGACGUAUUUUGGUGAGAUGACACCAUGGGAUGGCGAGCAAAUAUACCAAGAAACAAGGAAAAUUAUUGGAGCAGUGCUACAAUUUAUAACAUACAACGAGUUCCUGCCACUAAUUCUGAGCCCUAAAACGAUCAAAAGAAAUAACCUCAAGUUGUUGAAAGGAACCAAGUUCUUCAACGGUUACGACCCACGUAUCAAUGCUCAAAUGUCUGCAUCAUUCUCUGUGGCUGCAUUCCGGUUUGGUCACAGUUUGGUUCAAGAGGAGUUCAUGCGUUUCACCCAAGAUGGCUUUCAACACCACUGUAACAAAGCGGAAUUUUCGCCAAUCCCAGUACUGGACUUCGGCAACCCGACAUACUUAUAUGACAAGUGUAAUGGGGGUGUUGAUUCCAUCUUUAGAGGUUUGCUUAAAAGUCCCGCUGCAAAAAUGGACGGGCGAUUUUCAAGUUCCGUGCAAGAAAAUCUGUUUCGAGGUGAGGGUGAUUUGUCUGAUCUUAUAUCCAUAAACAUCCAAAGAGGACGUAGUCGUGGCGUUGCUUCAUACACGACAUAUCGCAACCGCCCAGAGUGCCAAAUUAGUGCAAAGGUGAAAACGUUUGAUGAUCUGAGAAGAGCUGGCUUUGAUCCAAACGACAUAAACAAGCUGAGAUCCCAGUACCAAUCGGUUCAUGAUAUCGAUCUUUUCACCGGAGGAGUGCUCGAACCUGUGGAUUCAGACGGAGGAGUUCUCGGGCCGACCUUCCAAUGUAUAAUAGCCGAACAAUUUAAACGCCUCCGGGUAGGUGAUCGUUUCUGGCAUGAAAACGCUCCAAACUCUGCCUUGCACACCGACAAAACAGCGUUCACGUCUUGUCAACUUCAAGAGAUAAGGAGGGUUAAUCUUGCAAAGAUAAUCUGUAACAAUGCUGAAGACAUCCCCGCUGUUACAAGGAAGGCAUUGGAACAAUCAAGGAUAUUUGUCAGUUGCGAUAAGCUACCUGACAUGAACCUCAAUGUGUUUAGACCAGGCUUCAAAUGUCCGACUCAACGUUUGAUGGCUGACUCCUCUCAGAGAGACACCGACUGGUAUGGAGUUCCAUCCACAGAAACAUUUGACGAAAAUUUUUAACCCACUUUUUCUCAUCUUAUCUUUUGUUAAAUUUUUUUCACUUCGGCCGCAUUAAUUCGCUGACAAGUUGAUAUGAUUCCACAUACAUUGGAGUAUUCAUAAUUCGACAAAGUUGUUUAUGCAUGGAAAGACAUCGUCGAUGGCUAUAAACGCAUAUUACGCUGAAAUUAAACUUGGAAAAAUGACUGGACUGAACAUUCUUACCGUAACAAGGCUACAUAACCUCUCGUCAGUUAAUUUUCACAUGAAGUACUUUAUUACAAGAAGUUAACGACGCACUUUGUCGACACAAUUUUAAAAAAAAUCGCGUUAAUUUAACGCUUCUUAAUUUUUUAAUUGAAAUCACGCUAUUUCACGCCAUUGUUUACAGCACCUUUAUUUCAAUGACAAAACCUCAUCUGCUCAUAGCUCAUUAGUCACUAUCUGUCAGUUCUUCUUUAUCAAUUGAGUUAAAAAUGCUGUUUCGAAAAUUUCGCGUUAAUUUCAUCAGUGAUACAUGUAAACCAAACGUUUGGAAAGCCCUUAUUACUUUGUGUAACGUAAAUUUUCUUCACGUUGUCAAACUAAAGUUUGACGAUUACUACCAAUUCAUUCAUGAAAAGACGAGGUGGUGAAGCGUCACCGUACCCGUAGGCUGAGGCAUGAAAAUCUUGCCCGCCAUAAGAACAUUCGCUCUCGAAUCAAAAUAUUAAGAGCCAUGAGAUUGAAAAGUCUGCAAUAAUUUAUGACAGCGGUAGCAGAACCCUUUACAGAAUGUAAAACGAGAAAUGCAAAGGCUAUGGAAAACAAAACUGCGUUAAGUGUGUCUUAGAUUGACGACCCCCAAAAUACCUUCAAAACAGCUAUGAUCGACCGUCAAACUAAGCAACUAAUAACGAGUGUAUUUUUAAAAUUGUUCCGCGUGUUACCUUUUCAUGAUUAAUUCUAAGUUAACACCAGACUGAUGUUAUUAAGAGCAAAUGUCAUGAACAGCCAAAGGAAAGACGAGGUUGACUAAGUGAUUCUACGAUCGCGGACGAAUAAUCUUUUAAUACUUAAGGCAAUAAUUACUGUAAUGGGCUCUGUUGGAUAUGGUUAUUUUAGUAUGGACUCAAUAAGUGGUUCAGAAAUUGCAGGUUAUCAACAGUAAGUUUCAAAUAAAAGAAAUUGACGAUUCCUUUCUGGAAGAGGUUAAGAAGAGAAGCCGCAAUUAGCCGCUGGAAAAAAAAUUGAUUCAUGCAAAACGUUUUGGUUAGUCAACCAACUCGUUUGUUGAACGCGUUGAUGGCGGAAGAUGGCAGAAGAUGUGAUUGACUUGGGAACCAUAGAAAGUUGUUGUAGUUUUACGGUUUAACUUUUGCCCUACU